AGUUCAGGGAAAACACAGAGCUGCCGAUCUGUCAAUCAUAAUUAGCAAACACAGGGAGUGAAACUGGGAGGAAGGUCGGUGAAACGCUACGUUUUUGGGUGAAAAGGCAUUGUACUUUCCGUGAAACAAUUAUGCGUCGGAAAGGAGGGGAAAAUAAGUAUCCUAGUGUGCUUAAAAAUAUUUGUUCUACUUUGGAAGGAAUUGCAUAAAAGCGCGUUCACUGAAAGCCAAACUCGGCGAGUUUCACUUGCAAGCAACUAUUCUGCUUGGAGUACGAAACAUAUCCCGAAGAAGGUAACCACGGACGCACGACACUUUGGGAUUUAAUUUGGCUAUUUAACACACUUCUUGACAAAAGUGGUUGAUACAUUUCAGAGGACUGUCUUAAAGUCGCUGUUGGUGACUCGCAGCGCAGACUAGGAGGUUCACUCAAAACAAUCUCGGCCCAAACAUCCAGACGGCGAGGAAGAAAGGAGGAAAGAUGAGCGGGGGAGAUGUGGUAUGCUCGGGCUGGUUAAGAAAAUCUCCUCCAGAAAAAAAGUUGAGACGUUACGCAUGGAAGAAGCGGUGGUUUGUUCUCCGCAGCGGCCGUCUCUCGGGCGACCCAGACGUGCUGGAGUACUACAAGAAUGAUCAUGCCAAGAAGCCCAUCCGCGUGAUCGACCUCAACCUGUGUGAACAGGUGGACGCAGGGCUCACGUUCAACAAGAAGGACCUGGAGCACAGCUUCAUCUUCGACAUCAAGACCAUCGACCGCGUCUUCUACCUGGUGGCCGACACGGAGGACGACAUGAACAAGUGGGUCCGCUACAUCUGUGACAUCUGCGGCUUCAACCCCACGGACGACGAAGCGGCAAAGGCUGCCCAUCAGGCGGCCAGCGGUGGCUCUGUGGUGGACACACCCCCUCACCCUGGCCUGGGGGGUCCUCCAGCCAUGCUGACCAACGUGCCCCCUCCCUACCAGCCGGUCAGCGUGCGCCACCUGGACUCAGAGUCCAGCCUGGACGAACCCCAGGACUACCUGUGGCUGGUCAACUGUGAGAGCAAGAAGCCAGAGCCCAACAGAGCCCACGCCGAGUGUUCCAAGUCGACCUCGUCGGAGACGGACCUGAAUGACAACGUCCCCGCCCACCGCACGCCAACCUCCACUAGCUCCUCCUCUAAGCACGCCAACGGCUUCUUCUCCUCUGUCCUGCCCCCUCACCCCUCCUCCGCCUCCUCCAUCUAUGACUCUCCGCCUUCCCGCGGAGGCGACCUCUCCUCCAGCCUCUACCACCUCCCCCGCUCCUACUCCCAGGACACUGUGCUCCUUCCCAAGUCGGCCUCCGCCUCCUCGCCCCCCGUCCCGGUCGACGGCGACGCCCCGGAGCUCUACGUCUUCAACGCGCCCUCGCGGAAGCCCUCCGUGGAGACUCAGAUGAGGAACCUGUCGGUUAGCUACGAUAUUCCUCCCACACCAGGCAGUAACUGUACCUAUCAGGUGCCUCGAGGUCCAGCGAGUGGUGGGUCUGAGGGUGGGGAUGGGAUGCCUCCGCCCCGGCCCCCCAAGCCUUCCCUGACCCCGGGGCACCCGCCGCCCCCCGCGGAGCGCUCGCCCACGGACACGUACUGCGUGCCGCGCUCCAUGUCGGAGACGGACGGGAACUACUGCGUGCCCACCAGCGCCGGGAACAAGGCCCUGAGGAGCAACACCAUCGGCACCAUGGACACAUCACGCCUCAGGAAAGAUGUGGGCUCCCAGGACUGUUACGAUAUCCCUAGGACGUUUCCCUCUGACAAGAGCUGCUCGUUUGACUUCAACGAAAGCUUCAACAGCUACUUGCCUGCCUGUCUCUCUGCCCCCCCUCCACUCCAGAAAAACAAAGGCAUGAUGCCAGUGGGCAGCCAGUCCAUGGAGGAAGUUGACCAGAACUACGUACCCAUGAACGCCAACUCUCCGUCCCACCACCGCUCCGGCAGCCUGUCGGGCUGUGAACCCAUCAUGGAACCCAACUAUGUCCCCAUGACCCCGGGCCCGGGCACCUUAGAGUUCUCCCUGGGCAAGCAGGUUCCCCCGCCGGCCCACAUGGGGUUUCGCUCAAGCCCCAAUACCCCACCCCGCAGGCCCAUGCUCAUCAGCGAUUGUCAGCCCCCGCCCGUGGACCGCAACCUCAAACCGGACCGCAAAGGUCAGAGUCCUAAAAUAAUAAGAGCAAAGGGGGUUGGUUUAGAGCGAACCGACUCUCAGACCGUAGGGGAGUUCCCAAGACGACGCAAGGCCAAGCCCGCCCCUUUGGAGAUCAAGCCCCUACCUGAGUGGGAGGAGUCAUCGGCGCCCGUCCGUUCGCCUGUCACCAGGUCUUUUGCUCGGGAUCCCUCCAGGUUCCCCAUGCCCCCCAGGCCUCCCUCGGUGCAUAGCACCGCCUCCAGCACCGACUCCGAGGACUGUGAUGAGAAUUAUGUAGCCAUGGUCUCUAAGGCAGACGAACUAAACAUGAAGCUGGGUGUGUCCAUGACGGCGGACGGGGGGAGCAGCCCAAUGGUGAAGCCCAAGGGAGACAAGCAGGUGGAGUACCUGGACCUAGACCUGGACCCCAGCAAGUCUACCCCACCACGGAAGAAGAAGAGUAAUGGGAUUGGUCUGGCGGUGUCAGAUGAGCGGGUGGACUACGUGGUGGUGGACCAGCAGCGGACGCAGGCCCUCAAGAGCACCCGGGAGGCCUGGAACGACGGACGCCAGUCCACAGAGACAGACACCUCCACCAAAGGGCCCAAGUGACCCCCAGCUCACCCAGCUACAGCCCCACGCUGCUGGGCCGCAGACAUUACUCCAAGCCCAGGCUCGGGCCCCGGCCUUCACCACCUCCACUUCCUCCAGACUCCUAGUGCCGAAGUGAAGGGGGGCCGGCAGACCUCCAGGGCCACUGAACUGUCUUUAGUUUACACUGCCAUCAGAACAGCGACAGCACAGCGCCCCUCUGUGGCAGACAGGUGGUAUGUGCCAGGAAUAAGCUGAAUGCAGUAUGGAUGCAAGUAGGUUUGAUUGAUGCAGUCUUCACCUGCCUGAUAUGGGGACUCUGUAAAGACAUUACCACAUCCACAAAGACUUGGAGUCUGGAACACUUACUGCCACUUAUGGUGGAUUUCAGUUGACAUUUUUCCUCUAGUUGGUUGGAGAAUGACCAGGAGAAGACUUAAAGACAUUUCCUUUAUGAUUAAAUCACAACACUGUGGGACACUGUCUGGAGUCUGUUUUGGGGGAGAAUGAGUCAUCUCUCUUUCAAAAUGCUUAGUGUCUACUUAAUACUUUACUGCCAAGGUUGCCUAGUUUUGCUGGUAGGAAAUUGGGCCAUUUUUCUCUUGUACAGGUCUAAUAUUAUCCAAAACAUUGUAAGAGAGAGAACCAGGUUUUCUUAGUGAAAGACUUGUUGUGAAUGCAAGAAAAUAGAAUACAAGUAAGUUUUUCUGAAAGGCAACUGACCAAGUGCUCAAUCAAAGGUUUGGAUUCACUGAAACAACGUCAUUUAAUCGACUGAGAAAUGAUUCAAAUCCUCGUUUAGUUUUUAGUGGAAGAGGAAAUGGCUUGACAUUUGCAAAACAAAAAGACUGUACAAAGUGUUAUGUAUAUAAACAGAAAGUGUCCUUUAUUCAACACUAUAUACGGUGUGUGGUAAUUCUGCAGGGUGGAAUUCUAUACGCCUCUCCGAGAUGGUAUCGGGACAUGUGAUAUGAAAUGACAGAAUCAACUGUGACCGCUUUUAACGGGAAGCUCCCCGACACUUUCUGUGAGUUAUGCAAAGGUGUCAGACGUAGGUUUAUAGAAGAGAGAAAUCAGGUACUCAUUCAAAUACUAAUAACAGCUAUUUCCAUUUCUAAUUUAUUUUGAGUUAUCUCAACGAUAGAUGUCCAAGUAAUAAUCUAUAAACCAACAGAUUUGAUGCUAUAGAGCAAAGUGCUGUUGAAAAUGCCUUCUCAACGAGCGCCAGUCAAUUUGUUUCAGGAGUUUAUUAUUGUGAUGGUGUGUCGAUUUCAUUUAUCUCUCUUAGGUUUUAAUUUAUUUCAAGAGGAUUUACACACACACACACACACCUUCUGGGAUCUGAUGUAUGUAUGUAUGCCUUACGAUCUACUUUACUUGAUAUGUCUUUGUAAAUAGUGAGAAUUUGAUGUUUUACCUAAAAAGAAAAUACUUAAGAAUCGUAGUGUUUUUUUCAUGACGACUAUUGGCUUUACUAACUUUCCAGGGACCCUAUUCACAGUGUUUGAGUAUGAGUGCAGACGCCGGUUUCCCAAAAGCAUCUUAAGGCUAAAUUCAUUGUUAGAACCAUAGGAUCCUACGGUUCUAAUGAUGGGAACCUGGCCCUGGUUUAGGAUCAGGUCUCCACUGUUCAUGUAAUCUUAGUCAUUGUAAAAGGCAAAACAACUGAUUCUAGAUCAGCACACUUACACUGAGAUGCUUCAUGAACACAGGCCCAUUUCUCUCAAGUCCUAAGCAUGUUUUACCAGGAGAAUUAGUCUUUGCUGUAUAUAUUUGCACCAACUAUUCCAGCAUGUAUCAUUUGAAUUGAAAAACUGUGCCUGUACUGUCAUUUCCAUACUACUUCAUUCUCACCAUCCCAUUGCAGCUUUGUCUGUCUCGAGACCAACUGCAAAACGUUGAUGCUUUUAUCUUUUUUUGAAUGAAUCAAAAGAGAAACAUUUCCAUUUGAAAGUAAACUAAAUAAAAACAACCUUUUGAGUCUGUUUGUCACCUACA